GUUCUUUAGGGGUUCCGUUCGGGCGCUCUCUUCAUUGACAUAAAUAAAUUUGAAAAUCUCCUAAAACCUAAUUGGAGAUACAUCACAGAACGAAAGGGCAACAAUUAUCUCCUGUCACUCUGUUAUACACUUGCGGUGCUCUCUCUCUCCGACCAUUAAUCACAGAGCUCAUGGCUGAACUUGAUCAGAGUUUUAUUGAGCAAGAGCAAGAGCAAGAGCAAGAGCAAGAUCAAGAUCAAGAGCAACAAAUCGAAAAUGAAGAUGUGGAUGUACAUGAAAAUGAAAAUGAACAUGAAUGCAAAGAUGGAAUACUGGAUAACUCACAUUCAGAAAAUAAACUGGACCUUGGAGAUGAUUCAGUUGCUGCGGAGGGUGAGAAAUGGCCUGGAUGGCCUGGGGAGAGUGUUUUCAGGAUUUUGGUGCCUGCACAAAAGGUUGGCAGUAUAAUUGGACGUAAGGGAGAGUACAUUAAGAAAACAUGUGAAGAAACAAAAGCUCGGAUUAAGGUUCUUGACGGCCCUCCAGGGACGAGAGAAAGAGCUGUUAUGGUAUCUGCCAAGGAAGACCCUAAUGUUUCACUUCCAUCUGCAAUAGAUGGUCUACUUAGGGUUCACAAACAGGUUUUGGAUGGGCUGGACAAUGAUUCUUCUCAUGAUCCGGCAGCUGUAGGGAGCAAGGUAUCAACAAGGCUACUUGUACCAGCUGCACAAGCGGGAUUUUUGAUAGGAAAACAAGGCACAACAGUGAAAUCCAUUCAGGAAGAGUCUAAUUGUAUUGUUAGAGUUCUUGGACCAGAAGACCUACCUGUUUUUGCCCUUCAAGAUGAUAGGAUUGUGGAAGUUGUAGGAGAGCCGACAGGUAUACACAAAGCAAUUGAAUUAAUUGCUUGUCAUCUGAGAAAGUUUUUAGUUGACCGCAGCAUAAUACCAAUAAUCGAAAUGCAAAUGCAAAUGCCCAAUUCGCAGAUGGAACAUAUGCCUCCUGCCCAAUCUUGGGGUCCGCCUCCUCAAGCUUUUCCUCCUAAUGCAGCUGGAGGUCCUGGAUAUGGGGCCAGCCCUCAUUUCAUGCCACCUCCUAGGCAAUUUGAUAAUUAUUAUCCUUCAGCUGACAUGCCAUCUCUGUCAGAAAAACAACCUCAUCAGGGUAUAUCUGAUUAUGGAAGAGAAGUGCCAAUGCCAGUGCAUUCAUCAUCAAACCAGCCCAUGCAAUCAAUAAUCACUCAGCAGCUUCGCUUUCUGUGCUUUUUCUUGUUGGCUUGGACUCACGGAACCUACUUCCAAACCUAUCACUUAGAAGGAAUAAAGAAGGCGCCACUCAUCCUGGGAAACCAAGUCACACAACAAAUGCAGAUUUCACUAUCUUAUGCUGAUGCUGUAAUUGGUACAGCAGGUGCAAAUGUAAGCUAUAUUCGGCGGGUUAGUGGUGCUGCAGUUACUAUACAGGAAACUAGGGGGGUUCCUGGGGAGAUGACAGUUGAGAUUACUGGAACUGCUUCUCAAGUCCAAACAGCUCAGCAGUUGAUUCAGAAUUUCAUGGCAGAAGCUGCAGCCCCACAAUCAAAGACUGCUCCUGCUGCUGACCAAGGCUAUAAUUCUUAUGCAACUCAUGGUUCGGUAUAUACACCUCCUUCAAAUCCUAGUCUUGCAGGACAAACUGGAGGCUACUCUUCGUACUAUGGCACCAACUACGGUUAUUAAGUAGCAUGGCUGUGGUUAGGACAAUGUGUGCCAUUAUGUCAAUGGAGUUUGGUCAGAGAAGAAUCUAAUAUUCCUUAUGUGACAGUUUGCAUUUUGAACUUCAGUUUUAAGGACUUGUAACAGAAAUCACAAGAGCCAAGAAUAUUUUUAUAUUCUUUGGCCCUCUAGAAAAUUAUCCAUAUAUCUUUGGCCUUGUUGAUACUUUAAGAUGUUACAUGUACUAUUGUUCUGAUUUCAUUGCCUUUUGAUACUUUAAGAUGUAGUACAUCUGUACAUGUCUACAUGUACUGUUUUUCUGAUUCCACUUC